UUAUGUUUAGUCCUGUUUUCACUCACUACUCAGGUUGGAAGAACCUAACUACUUGUUCAUCCUCAGAAAUGCCGUAUGGGAAGGUUCCUGUGCUGUACGUGGACGAGAAGCCUCUGAGCCAGUCGGUAGCAAUAUGUCGGUACCUGGGUCGUGUGCACGGCUUGGCGGUGGACGACCCAUGGGAGGCUGCUAAAGGAGACGAGGUUGCUGACGCUGUCCACGACCUCCUGCCACACGCUGCACAGAUGGUCUAUGCCAACUGCUCGCGAUCAAGGCGGAGGGUAGCUCCUCGCCCAUAUUUAAGACUUGCUGGUGAUGUGGAAAAGGCGAAGAUGUUAGCAACAGAGUUCUACACCAGCACACUGCCACCCGUCAUGAGGGAGCUGGACCGCAGACUUGACGGGCGAGAGUGGUUCUGUGGAGAUAAGGUAAUGCAUAUCUGAUAUGUAUUUAUAACACACAGCAUUCUAAACAUUUUCAGUCACACUUUGAUAAUUUGUUAGUGUUAUGAUUUACAUAAUUUUUUUAAUUAAUUUUUUUAGUAGUCAAAGUCAUUCCAGCAAUAGUCAUGUAUGUAAAUUUAAGGAUGGUGGUUUGCAUUAGUUGAAUAAAAUAAUACGAAAAAUAUGGAAAUUGCGAUUAUGGUGUCAUUUUAUUCCUCAAUCAUUUCUACAAACAAAAAAUAAAAAUUAAUAACAAUGAACAAUAUUUUACUAAAAACAGCGCUAGAUUCAUAUGGGUAAUACAUCAUUGUAUGGUGAUGCGUAAUGGAAGGUUUAGUGGAGUUGAGGGUUAUUACGGGCACAA